AUGAGUAUUGUGAGCUGCUCAUUUUCUGCUUCUGAUGAUUAUGAAAAUUUUUAGAGCAAAUCUAUUCAAGGAAAACUUUUUGAUUAUAAUGCUUGCAACAAUCUUUAAGGUGAUAAUGAAUAUAUUGAUAAACCUAGUUAGAUAUGCGAUAUUAGGUAAAAUGAAGAAAUGUUGUGUCAUUAAAACUCUGCUAAAUUUAAGGAAAACGAUAUUCAGUUAUCCUAUAAGUAAGUUUUACAAGUAGAGCUUUCAAAAUCAUCAUCUAAGUAGAAUUUAUAAGAAUAGGACACAAAGUAAAAUAGAAAUAAUAGCUAAAUUCAAGAAUAGAUUGAAAUUUAGGAGCAAAAUUAGGAUAAAUUCGUUUUGAAUAACAUCGAUUCUAAAGUUGAAUAAAACUCAAUUAGUAAAAUCAACUAAAUUCAAGAUAACUCUCAUUAAUAUGUAUUUAAUGAUAGAUUUAAUACAAAAAAAAUGAGAGCAAGUAUUCAAAAUUAUUAAAAAGCAGCAAGUAUUAUAAAUAAAAUUAUUAGUAAAUCAGCAAAUAGAGUUUAAAGAAUCAACCAGAAAGUUUAAACCUUUAUUUCUUUACUUUAGUUUAGAAAAAGUAACAGAAAAAUUGCUAAUAUACCAAAAUAUCAACUGUAAUAAUUAAAUGAUAAAGCAUAUUUUCAUCAAACAUAAGUAAAGAGAUAAUUAUUAAGUUAUUACUUGCACAAAAUUCACUACUUUUUUGAAAGAAAGAGCUUUAUACCGAUUUUUAUGCCAACAGACACUUUAAGAAUUUAUUGGGAUAUCUUUUAAAUUGCAUUGACUUAUUCAUUUAUUUACAUAUACUCGAUUUUAAUGUUUUUUUGCUCUGACUAAACUGACACAUAUUUAAUUAAGCAUUUUUUUUAAUAUGCAUUUAUACUUUUCACAAUAGAUGUAUUAGUUAACUUGAAUACUGCUUAUUUCAACUAAGAUGCUAUUGUUUUAAAUCGUAAAUAAAUAAUAUGUAGAUACUUUAAAUCUAAUAUUUUUUUUACUGAUAUAAUAAGUCUAUUCGUAAUGGGAUCAAAAUUAAUUAUUAAAACUCAAAAUCUAAUUUAUAAUCCCACUUAAAGCUUUAAUACUAUGUUGAUUAACUUUUUAGUUUUUUUUAAAUUAAAUGGAACUCAGUAAAAAGUUAAUAGGUUUGGCGAAGCCUUUACUUUAAAAGAAUACUAAAAGCAUACUUUAAGACUUUUUAACCAAUUAUUUACAGUCAUUUCUGUUGCACAUACAGUUAGUUUAGCUUGGUAUUAUCUAGGAAUAUAUCAAAUUUAAAAUGGAAGCUCUAUUUCUUGGCUAUAAAAAUUUUAGUUGAUUGAUUUAUCUUAUAUACAAAAAUAUAUUUAUUGCAUGUACUGGUCUAUAACUACGAUGACUACUGUUGGAUAUGGCGAUAUAACAGCUACAAAUUAUGUGGAGGCACUGUUUAUAGCAAUAUCGAUGAUUAUUUUUAGUUGUGUAUUUGCUUAUUCUAUUAAUAAUAUUGGUUUUAUAUUGUAAGAAAUAUAAAAAUCCACUAAAUAGUUAAAUGAUAACAUAACAACUAUCUAAAGAUAUCUAAAUAGAAAAAAUGUCAACUUAUCGUUAAAGAGUAGAGUUAGACACUACUUGUCUUUUUUAGUUGAAGAACAGAGAGAUAGAAAUUAACAAGCAGAAAACGAAAUCCUAAAGCUUCUUUCUAAUAAAUUAAGAGAUGAAAUUACAGUUGAAGUUAAUUCAAGGAUUAUUAAAAAUUACUCACUUUUCUCUUCUAAUUUUUCAACUCAAACACUGAGAAAGCUACCUUUUAUCAUGUAGGAAGUAUUAAUAUCACCUAAUGAAAUAAUAUUUGAAUAAGAAGACUACGAAGAUUAAUCCAUUUAUUUUAUUGAAAAUGGUUUAGUUGAAAUAUAUUAAGUAAGUCCACCUGACUUUAAUGCUGGAAAAAAAUAUAAUAAUGAUUAAAUAAAUGUUAUCAAAUAGUUAAAAAGCAACGAUUUGUUUGGAGAAUUAUCAUUUUUUUCAGGAUAAACAAGAAAAGCUUGUGCGAGAUCAAUAAAUUUAUCUACAUUGUAUAAAAUAGAUAGGAAUGAUUUCAUAAAUCUAAUCAAGGACAGCUAGGAAGACUUUGAACGUUUUAAAAUGAUUGAGGAGUAAAUCAAAGUUUAAAAAGAUUUUUCUUUAGUUCAUUUAGAGUGUUAUUUUUGCAAAAUAACUGGCCAUAUUGCAAGCAAUUGUCCUAGAAUACAUCAUGUUUUCGAUUCUUAGUUUUAUAUACUUAAAAAUAAUUUUAGUGUUUUUCAAAAUAGAAAUAAGGCUAACAGAAAGCAUAAUAACAAAUCAAAUGUAAAUGCAAAAUUAAUGAUUAAAUAAAAUAACGAGAUAAGUAUUUAAUUAAAAGAACGCAUUAAAUAUUUUAAUACCUACACAGAGCUUCUAUUCGAUACAAAUGCAGAGAAUUUGUCUGAAUGUUCACAAAGAGCUUAAUAAGCAUCAGAUUUAGAGUUCUAAACAGAUUCUGACCAUACAUCUUUCAACUAAGAGUCUUAAACAUCAAUAUAAAAUAGAUUAUAAAAUGACAUACUUAAUUAAUCUCAAAAUAAUAUAUAAAAAACAUAUUAAAAAAGAAAAACAAUGAAGAUGCUGAAAAAAUCAAAAACAGCAACAAAAAAAGAUGAAAAUCAUAAAAAUAGUUCAAGCCUAAAAGAUCUUCAAAGCCUUGAAUACUAAGAUAAAAAAAUAAUGUUAAAUUCUUUGCUUAAUUAAAAUAAGAGCUUAUUUCCAUCACCUAUUUCAGAAAAGUUCAUCAGUAAAAGUGAUUAAUAGCUUGAAUAUUCUAAAGAACAAAGUAAGUAUUGUUUCGAUAAAGAAUCAGAAUAAUUUCCCAGUUAAUUAUACAGCUAUCAAUAAAAAACUAUUUCUAAAGAAUUGGAGGAUAAUUUAAAUUGUAUUUAGCAUUAAAAUCUAACCAAGCAUCCAUCAAUUUUAGGCAGCUAAUAAGAAGAUAAUCAAAAGAGGAGAAGAAGAAAAAAGAAUUUAACUUAUUAAGCAAAUUAAAAUUAAGCAAGUGUUAGUUUAAUUGAAAAUCUUAUUCAAAGCUAUAAUUAAAAUGAAGAAAUAAAAGUAAUCAAUAACAAUAGCAAAUAAUCAUAUAAUUCAAAAAAGAGUAUCUUUUAAUCUUCUAAUAAUUCUCAAAUUUCAUGCCUGAUUGAAUAAUUACUAAGUAAUUUAAAAUUGAAAUAUUUUUUAGAAGGAAAUGAAUCAAGUAUAAACUAUGAAGACUUUUUUUUAAAAUUUGAAAACUAAUUAAAAAGUUAGAGUAUUAGUUAAUUAGAAUCAAUUUAAUUAUCUGACCCUAAAGUGAUCAACAAAAUACUUUUUGAGUAUCUUUUUAAAAAUAUUCUAUCUAGUAAAAAAAGCAACUAAUCUAAUCAUUUAUACAAAUUAAAUCCAUCAUAAAAGAAUUUGAACAUUUUGUAAAGUUAGAGCAUGGAGUUUCAAAAUAGUUAGAUUUUUGAUCUAAAUAUAUAAAAAGUUAUGAGUAGGAAUAUUUUAAAUGAAGAAACAAUUUAUUCAAAUACCUUAGAAAAAAUAAAAUAAUUACAAUAAUCUCAAUAGAAAAAUGCAAGCAACUAAAUUAAGUAGAAGCAUUUGUAAGAAUAGUAAUCUGAGAUUGAUAAUUAAAUAACAAAAAAAAUUCUUUAUGAAAAAUUUGAAGUUAUGAAAAACUUUAGAACUUUUUUCCCUCAUAAUAAUUUUGAUAAUAUUUAAAAUCAAUAAAAACUUAAAAAAUACAAUAAAUUUAAAAAGCCUAAAAUUAACUCAAUAAAAUUAAAAGAAAGAAGAUAAAAUGUUAUAAUUAAACAGGAUAUUACUCGAAAAUUUUAAGUUAAUAAUGGAAUCAUUUAAAAUAAUUUACAAUCUCUGAUCGAUUUAGAUAAAUAUAAGCCUACUUAUCUAUCAUAUGGAGUUUCAUAAAAAAAUGAUAUUGUUUAUCCUAAGUAAUUUGCUAAUCAUAAUUCAAUAAAUUUCAUAUGA